CGCUCGCCAUCUUGUCCCCUCAGCUCGACGCUACAGACAGCCUCGCGUGCGUUUUGAAACGUUUUGCUAAACAACGGUCCAAUAUUUGUUUCGAAUGAAUUAAAAGACUCGGUCCCGCCGCUCGCGCACCUCGUCGGACGCGUUUACGCGAUAUCCUCGAGGGGAAACUGCCUUUUUCAUUCGUUUUGUUUUUUUUAAUGGCGUUGUGAAGAAGCGACUAUGGCGGUUAGUCAACAGCAGCAGCAGGCCGCAAGCAAGCCGGCCGGUGGCAAACACGGCAACGUUUUGCCAUUAUGGGGCAACGAGAAGACGAUGAAUCUGAACCCGAUGAUUCUGACUAACGUGCUGGCGUCGCCGUACUUCAAGGUCCAGCUGUACGAGCUCAAGACAUACCACGAGGUGGUGGACGAGAUUUACUUCAAGGUCAACCAUGCGGAACCAUGGGAAAAAGGCAGCAGGAAGACGGCAGGCCAGACGGGAAUGUGCGGAGGGGUCAGAGGAGUCGGGACGGGUGGGAUCGUGUCCACAGCGUUUUGUUUGCUGUAUAAGCUGUUCACACUGAAACUGACUCGCAAACAAGUGAUGGGUCUCAUCACACACACAGAUUCGCCCUAUAUUAGAGCACUAGGCUUCAUGUACAUAAGGUAUACCCAGCCUCCUCCUGACCUGAUUGACUGGUAUGAUGAGUUCCUGGACGACGAGGAGGAGUUGGAUGUGAAGGCAGGAGGAGGGUGCAUGAUGACGGUCGGAGAGAUGCUCCGCUCCUUCCUGACCAAACUGGAAUGGUUUUCAACGCUGUUCCCACGGAUACCCGUUCCUGUGCAGAAGGCAAUCGACCAGCACAUGAAGAGCAGACCGCGUAAACCACCUCAAAGAGACGAGCAGGAUGAGGAGGAGGCACCGGACGAUUCUGAAAGGCAUGGAGAUCGCCGCAGUUCCAGGACUCCCAGGAAAAGUCCAAGCCCCAGGAGGUCCCAGAACCGUUCCCGAAGUAGCAGCCACCACAAAGAAAGACGUGGCGCUAGCUUUGACCAUGAACUGGAGAGGGAAAGAGACAGGCAGCGCAAAGAUAGAGAGGGUAAGGAUCGUGAUAAAGAUAGAGAUAGGGACAGAGAAAGAGAUAGGGAGAGGGAAAGGGACAGACAACGCUCCAAAUCACCCGAGCGAACUGCAGAAAGUAAACGCAGCAGGGAAAGACGGCGGAGUCACAGUGCCAGCCGCGAGCGAAGAAAUGAGAGGAAGGAUAGAGAGAAAGAGAGGGAGGGAGACAGUGAGCGUAGUCGCAGGAAAGACAGAGAACACCACAAAGAUCGAGGGGACCGGGAAAGAGAGAGUGAGCGGUCGAAGGACAAGAGGGGCAAAGAUGUGGACGAGAGGAAGCACAAAGAGGAAAAGGAGGAUAAGAAACACAGAGAAGAAAAGAGGAGCAAACGUUCGAGGAGCAGGAGCAAAGACAGGAAGCACCGGACGGAGCGAUCUAGCAAGAAACGCUCUCGCUCUGGCAGUAGGACCAGACAGGAAGCAGGAGAUGAAAGAAACAGGAAGCGGGAACGCAGCCAUAGCAAGGAACGGUCACACAAACGCAGUCGUAGCAAAGAGCGCUCGCACCGUCGUGAAUCCAGUAAUGGUCGAGAAACCGUAAAACAGGAUCAUCGCCGAAGCCACAGUCCUGAAGCUGGAGAGAGAGCAAACAGUGUUCAUGCAGAAUCCCCGUGAUUCAGGUCCUCCUUCUCUCUCAAAUUAUUCACCUUUACUCAUAUUCUUUUGUCUUAUAGUGCACCACUUGUGUUCAAGUAAACAAAUGGAAAUGCCUGGAGUUUUUGUUCCUUUGCACCUUUAUCCAUCACUGGUGUAGAUAUCAGUGUUUUUUUUCUGUUGCCCAUAACAAGUGUCUGGGCUGAAAGUGGCAUUUUAAAAUCCUUUUUUAAUUCUUGUUUUCAGGUUUCACACAAAUGGCUUUGUACAUAGAGCUCAGAGAAUGUUUUAAAUUUGAACAGAGUCGAGUUUGUGGCACAGAGCUGCUGAAAGCUAUGCUGAUAUUGUGCUGUUUGGUUCAUUGCUCUGUUGCAUCUCGUUUUCUAAUAAAAUUCUUGUAUGAAACAGA